AGGUGAAGGCCAGAUACUCUGGCUUAGCUAAAAAGCCAUGUAGGAUAUCUGGUCUUUGAAAACCAUUUUUGAGGCAUCUGGGAAGAAUGAAGACCUAAAGUAUUUUACCAAAGUUUUGAAUAAUGCCAGGGAGAGCUACAAAAGUUAAAGGGAGAUGUGGGGAAAAGAAUUAAUACUCUGAAGAAUACUCUUUCCAGUUCUCUCAGAGGUUAAACUUGGAGAGAAACACUUGUAAUAUUUCAAUAUUAGUAGCAGUCUAUUGUAGCAUCAUGCUACAUGGGAAGAUUCUCUGGAGGGUCAUUCCUAGACUUGUGAAGUUAUCUUUUAAAGGUCAUCAUCUUUUCCAGCAACAUUGACGUGAUUUCAAAGGACCUGUGCAAGUUGUAGCAGAUUUUUUAAAAAUGGAAGUAUUCCCAGAACUUCGUAAACAACCGGAACGUUUGGAAUGUGAUCACUGCAGUUUCAAAGGCACAGAUUAUGAAAAUGUACAAAUCCAUAUGGGUACCAUCCAUCCAGAGUAUUGUGAUGAAAUGGAUGCUGGUGGGUUAGGUAAAAUGAUAUUUUAUCAGAAAACCGCAAAGUUGUUUCACUGCCAUAAAUGUUUCUUUACCAGCAAAAUGUACUGCAAUGUGUACUAUCACAUUACAUCCCAACAUUCAGUAAAAGAUAAGUGGGAUGAUAAACAGAAAAAACAGUUGGACAAGGAGACAGAACCUGUGAAAACCCUUCUCUUUUCAGAGUCCCAGAAAAUGUCUAAUUCAUCUGAGAUUCAGAAAUCCAUGUCUGUUUUUUCAACGGAGUCACAGAAAUCUGCUCCUAUUCAGUCUUCAGAAUCACCUCACACUACCCCUGAUAGUUCUCCAGAGCUCCAGAAACCUGCUUCUGUUGUUUCUGCAGAGUCACAGAAACUUUCUGUUGCUGGCCCUGACUCUCAAAAACCUGUCCUUCCUGAGUCUCAGAAACCUUCCCCUGUUCCUUCUCCAGAAUCCUCAGAACUUGUCCCUCUGGCUUCUUUGGAACCACAGAAACUUACUUCUGUGUCUCCUGAGCCGCAGAAGUCUCCUGUUGCUAAUCCUUUGGCCCAGAAGCUCUCUCAUUUUACAGAGACAUUGAGAACUCCUUUGUCAACUUCCCCUGAGCCACAAGAACCAGUUUUAGCUUCCUCCCCUGAGCCUUGGGGAUCAUCUCCAAGUUCAUCUCCUGAAUCCCAGAAACCAGCUCUGACGGAAUCCCCUGAGCCUCGGAGGCCAUCACCAGCUGUUUCUCCCGAGUCUUGGAAGCCAUCACCUGCUGUGUCCCCCGAGCCAAGGAGGCCAGCCCCAGCAGUAUCACCAGGUCCUUGGAAGCCUGUGGUAUCUACAUCCCCUCGACCUUGGAAACCUCCUCCAUCUUUAUCACCUGGACCUUGGAAGCCUACUAGUAAGCCUGCUCCUUCUGUAUCACCUGGACCUUGGAAACCUUUACCUCUAUCACCUGGCCCUUGGAAGCCAAGUCCGCCUAUGUCACCUGGAUCCUGGAAGCCUUUACCUGUAUCACCUGGUUCAUGGAAAUCUACCACAUCUCCUGAGACCUGGAAGCCUGGACCCCCAGAACUUCGAAAGACGUCUCCUAUGUCACCUGACCUCUGGAAGCCAGGUCCCUCUUCCCCAGAGACUCGUAAAUCUGGCCCCGCUUUGUCCCCUGAGCCUCGUAAACCAGCUCCCUCUUCCCCUGAGGCCCGGAAGGUAGGUCCCCCAUUAUCUCCAGAGGCCAAGAAAGCAGGUCCUCCAUUGUCACCUGAACUCCGUAUGCCAGGUCCCCCACUGUCCCCUGAGCCCCGUAAACCAGGUCCUCCGUUGUCACCUGAACUCCGUAAACUAAGUCCCUCUUUGUCCCCUGAGGCUCGAAAAGCAGGCCCCCCUUUAUCCCCUGAGCUCCGAAAGUCAGGUCCCCCACUCUCACCUGAAAUUCGAAAGGCAGUUCCCCCGUUGUCCCCUGACCUUCGUAAGUCAGGACCUCCAGGAUUAUCUGAGCUUCGUAAGUCAGGUCCCCCAUUGUCCCCUGAGCUCCGAAAAUCAGGCACUUCUGUGUCUCCUGACCACCAGAAAUCUUCAGUAUCACCAGAACUCUGGAAGGUUUCUUCUGAUCAAUGGAAACCUUCUAUUUCUGGAGAGCCAUGGAAAUCUGCCUCUAACGAUUUUACUGAAUCCCAGAAGGCUGCUCCUCCUGGGUCUCCGGAUAUCUGGAAGUCUUCCUUUUUUCUUGAACAUCAGAAAUCUGUCUUCUCUGAAUCUCGGAAACCUGGUCCUCCUGGGUCAUCUGAACCUCCUAAAAUGGCUUCAGAGACCCGAAAAUCUGCCCUUUUUCCUGAGUGCCCCAAAGCCUUGCUAUCUUCUGAGCCCCGGAAACGGUCUUUCUUCUCAGAUUUGAAGAAACAUACUCCUUUUUCUGAGCUUUCCAAAUCUGUCGCUAUAUACCCUGAAUCUCAGAAAUUAGUUGAAUCUAGUGAGUAUGAUGUCCAAACAGAGGCCAUAGAAGAUCAAAAAGAUGAUAUUUUGGCUCAGGAAGAUGCAUUAUAUCCUUGUCAAAAGAAGCUCAAGAAAGACAACCAAGAGAACUCUGAUGCAGAACUUAGUAGCAGUGAAUGUGGAAAAGCAGAUUUAGAUUUCCUAGAUCUAAAAGGCCAGGAAUCUAACAGUGAUCAAGAGCAAGUUGAUGUGGAAUCAGUUGAUUUCACUAAAGAGAAAAUGGAUGUUACUGAUCAGCCAAAAAGCAUCCUGCAGUUUACAGAUGAGAAGGAGGCUUUUAUCUCUGAGGAGGAGAUAGCAAAAUAUAUGAAACGUGGAAAAGGAAAAUAUUUUUGCAAGAUCUGUUGUUGUCGUGCUAUGAAAAAAGGUGCUGUUUUGCAUCAUUUGGUUAACAAGCAUAAUGUUCAUAGCCCGUAUAAAUGCACAAUAUGUGGGAAGGCUUUUCUUUUGGAAUCUCUCCUUAAAAAUCAUGUUGCAGCUCAUGGGCAAAGUUUACUUAAGUGUCCACGUUGUAAUUUUGAAUCAAAUUUCCCAAGAGGCUUUAAGAAACAUUUAACCCAUUGUCAAAACCGUCACAAUGAAGAGGCUAAUAAGAAGCUUAUGGAAACUAUUGAGCCUCCUCCUCCACCCCCACCCCCACCUCCUCCUCCACCCCCACCACCUCCCCCUCCACCUGAAGAGCAAACCUAAUUUUGAAAAUUAUGUAUUAUAUACUUCAAAAAUUUAUCUACUAAAAUCAACUUUUGAAAGUGUUGCUCUUUUAGCCAAUUAAGUAGUUUAGUUGAAUAAGUAGAAGUGAAGAGUUGAAAAGGUUGUAUGAUGUUUAGUUUGUGUCAGUAGUAGUGUAGAAAAGAAACUUUCCAGGAUUUUUAGAGUAUCUGUUCAUGUGCCUAUCUUACAAAUCAAUAAAUUCAUACUGGAUGUUCCAGAUGGGUUGAAUUCCUUGAAUUUCUUCUCCGUGUAUAAUACAUCAUGAAAGGUUAUAUACAUUCCAUUUAAUUAUAACUUUACACAUAUUCUUAGAUAAUGCAGUGAAAUUUAUCUUUUUGUGAAACUAAGUUCAAAUUGAGAGGCAGCAUGGAGUCAGAAAGAUGUUCAAGUUCCACAUCUGACACAUUCUGGUAUUGUGACCCUGGGCAAGUCAUAGCAGCCUCCCAAUGUCGUGCCCCCAGGCAACAGUGAGACUAAGUUGUAGACUAGUUGCUAGUCUGCUUUGGUAGAGCAAAUAUCUUUGCCCCAUAAAAUCACAAGUCUGGACCAAAAAAAAUCCUUUAAAAAAUUUACAAUGCUUGGUAGUGACAAUGUUUAUGAAUUAAUUAUUAGGGGAAGAUGCCCCAGUUUCCCUUUUUUUUAAUUAAAAAAAGCAGUUUUAUUUUUUAAAUCACUUGGAAUAUCUUUUUCGUUUUUUCACAGAUGUAAGUCAUUUUGGAAUUGAGAAUUUAAUAAUGCAGAAGGUAAAUCAGCAUUAUUUGUAAAUCUUGAACCAUUUCUAAACUAAUGAUUGGACUUUUUUCUUUUAUAUGUUUUGGAAAACUUAAAUUUUUAUUGAUAUAUUACAAAUAGAAGUCUAUGAAGGAGCAACAGCAAUGUACAAUAUUAUAUAUCAUAUUCCUCCAUUAGAAUGUAAGCUCUUUGUGGGCAGGGAUUUUUUACUUUUGUCUUU